CAGCUCACGCACAUCCACAACGCGUGUGCGUGGGAAAUGUUUCCUGUGCGGGUCUGAUAGAGGAACUAAACACACUUCUGUACGGAGGGAAUUAUGAAAUCAAACCUCUUUUGACAAAAUCGCUCUUCUCUUAUCAAAGCAUCUUUCUACAGUUACCGAGUAAGAGCAACAGACGCGUGAAAUCGAGAUCGAAAAUAAAGAGGCCCAGGAUUGAUCAAGAUUCCUCCCAGCAUGGAAGGAGAUGUAGACGGUCAGAGCCACUGGUGUUUGUCCCAGGUCAAAGGCGCUGUGGAUGAUGAUGUAGCUGAAGCUGACAUCAUCUCUGCGGUGGAGUUCAAUCAUUCCGGGGAGUUGUUGGCCACAGGAGACAGGGGUGGAAGAAUAGUAAUCUUCCAACAGGAACAAGAGAGUAAGAGUCUUGCGGAUUAUAAUGUCUACAGCACAUUCCAGAGUCAUGAGCCCGAGUUUGACUAUCUGAAGAGUCUGGAAAUCGAAGAGAAGAUCAACAAGAUCCGCUGGCUUCCUCAGAAAAAUGCUGCACACUUCCUGUUGUCAACAAACGAUAAAACCAUCAAGCUGUGGAAAAUCAGUGAGCGAGACAAGAGACCCGAGGGGUAUAACCUGAAAGAGGAAGACGGGCGCUUCAGGCAUCCUUCGUCGCUUACAACACUACGGGUUCCAGUAUUCCAGCCGAUGGAUUUGAUGGUGGAGGCGAGCCCACGGCGCGUUUACGCCAAUGCUCACACGUACCACAUCAACUCCAUCUCAGUCAACAGUGACAAUGAGACUUAUCUGUCUGCUGAUGACCUCCGGAUCAACCUGUGGCACCUGGACUUCACAGACCGAAGCUUCAACAUUGUUGAUAUCAAGCCGGCUAACAUGGAGGAGUUGACCGAGGUGAUUACGGCAUCAGAGUUUCACCCGCUCCAAUGCAACACGUUUGUGUACGGCAGCAGCAAGGGUUCAGUGCGACUCUGUGACAUGAGGGCGUCCGCUCUGUGUGACCAACACUCAAAAUUGUUCGAGGAGCCUGAAGACCCCAGCACACGCUCUUUCUUCUCUGAAAUCAUCUCCUCCAUCUCAGAUGUGAAGUUCAGUCACAGCGGUCGAUACAUGAUGACCAGAGAUUACUUGACCCUCAAGAUUUGGGACCUUCACAUGGAGAGCCAACCUGUGGAAACUCACCAGGUUCACGGUUAUCUCAGGAGUAAGCUGUGCUCUCUCUAUGAGAAUGACUGUAUCUUUGAUAAGUUUGAGUGCUGCUGGAGGAGUGAUGACAGUGAGGUCAUGACCGGCUCCUAUAACAACUUCUUCCGGAUGUUUGACCGUGAUUGCCAGCGCGAUGUGACCCUGGAAGCCUCAUGGGAGAGCGGCUCACCCGGCUGCCCGCUCAAAACCUGGCGGGUGAGCGCAGGCAGCAGACGCAAGAGAAACGAGAUCGGCGUGGACUGCCUCGACUUCAGCCGAAAGAUCCUAUACACAUCCUGGCAUCCUCAGGACAACAUUGUUGCCUUGGCAACAGUCAAUAACCUUUACAUAUUCCAGGAGAAACUGAAUCAGGAAUUUUAAACUGGUUCGUCCCUGUUCCUGGCUCAGGAGUUGGGCGGGAUAAGUUCUAAUCUAGUAUCCAUGCACAAUUUUUCUCCUGCAACUUAUAGUCUUACUAUUAACCACUGUAGUACAAGAAAACCUUGGGAUUAUUAUUUUUUUUUUUUAAAUGAUACAAUGUAGGCCGAAGGGAUUUUUUAAAGUUGUAUUACUGUACUUGGUCUUUAUUUUGCACGUCACUGAUCUGUCAGUUUUAGUUUUAAAUGAAAAUUCGUCCAUUAUUUACUCACUCUCAUGUUAUUCCAAACCCUCUAUGCUGGUAUUUUUUCCACGGACCGCAAAAGGAGAUUUUUUAAGAAUAUCCUGGCCACUCUCUUCCAUAUUAAUAAAUUGUAAAGUACUCAAACUUUAAAACAAAAAACACUAUUAAGUAGUCCAUACGACUCAUACGUUAUAUUCUGAGUCUUCCUAAGCCAUACAAUAGCUUUAUGUGAUGAGCAAACUGAAAUUUAAGUCUUUAUUCACUGAAAAUCUUCCCCUCCAUUUUAGAUAUUUAAUCAUAUGUAGUUUUUGAUCGCAAGACGCACUAAACCAAUGGCUUUUGGCAUAAACGUGCAAUUCUUGUAGUCCAUAUGACUUUUUGUUUGAUUUUCAGUUAAUAACUCAAAUUUUGGUGUUCCUCACACAGUGCUAUUGUAUGGUGCUUUUUUUUAUCAUUUUUGGAGCUUGAAAGACUUGAGGCCUGGAUAUACUUAGUUUUUUUGCAUUCAGGACCACGUUGCCUUUCAAAGUAUACUCUUUUUACAGAACAAGUUUGACACGCGUGCACUACGACAGACACUGGUACGGAUACAGGCUGAUGCGUGUGCAGAUGAUGCACACAGACGAGAACUGUGCACAUGUCGAGAAAAUCUGGGCCACACGCUGACCUUCCACGCAGACUGUACUGCUGAUCCCGUUCGCUUUCUUAAUAUGGAAAAGAGUGGCCGGAACGUUCUUCAACAUUUCUUCUUUUGUGUUCCACAAAAUAAAGUCAGUCAUAUGCAUUCGGAACGAUGUGAGGGUGAGUAAAUGAUGACACAAUUUUCAUUUUUGUGUGAGCUAUUCUUUUGAACAGAAUCACGUUCAUAAAGUUAUUUUCAAAAUCUCAAACACUCAACAAAACUGACCUACACACAACCUACAGAAUCCUGUUUAAUAAGUAAUCAUGCAUAAUUGCAUAAUCAUGAUUAACACUUAAUUAAUUGUACAAAACCUUCUGGUUAUGAGGUGAAUCUCAUGCACUGAUCUCCCCCUAAAAGUACCUUCUUCUCUGAACUCAGGCCUGGGCAACAGGAAUUUUUCCGCACCCAAAACUCUAAUCCAAAAGUCUAAUGCCUGAUAUUUGUCCACAAGUGCAAUUGACUUGAAGCAGGGUUCCAAAAUAGCUACAUUACAUUAUAUCUGAUAGUCUCUAGUAAGUACAACUAAUUGUGGCAUUUAUUUUAUGCAAUAUCUUAGUCUUUGUGGAAAGUGAGACUUUUGGUCUCUUUUUAUUGUUUUAUAUGGAGGCAUAAAUGUUUUAAGUCUUAAGUAAAUGAUUGUGCUGAUGUGCAUGUUUUAUAAUGUCUUAUGGUUUUGGCAUCUCGUGUGUCUUUUUAUUUGCAGCUUUCUGAUUCAGAAUGGUUCCUAUGAGGUAAAGAGAAUGCUCUAGAUAUUUUUAUAUGAAUUUUCAGAAAUUUAGAAAUUAUCUCCUUGACAGUAUUCAGUGUAUUUAAUUUAGUCAUGUGACUGUCUAAGAGCUGUUGAUUGGUGCAGAAUGAUUCUGUAGAGUGUGUUUACAUGAUCAGGCCUGCUGUACAUGAACAAACCCUGAUAUACUGUAUGUUCCCUUUUAUCCUAAUAGUUGUAAAACCCAAAUGUAAAAUAAAACUUACAUUUUAAGUCUGAA